GCGGGGGCCGGGCCAGCGGCGAGUGGCAGGAUUUUCACAUGGCUUGGAAACAGGAAUCAGAAUUUACAAAGAGAGACAGAGCUGCCAGAGUCAUUCAGAAGGCCUGGACACGUUUCCUUAAUGUUGCUGUAUUCCAACACUUUAAAAGUCUGAUUAAUAUAAGAAGACAAGGGGAGCCACGUCAGAUAGUGAGAUAUAUUAAUCCUAAAGAGGCAGAACUUCUAGAUGCUGCUGCUGGCAUUAAUGUACGGUUCAGAUUGGGUGGUGUUAAAUUUCCACCUGAAAUAUACUAUAAAAUUUUCACUCACAGACAUAUUGAAGAUCUGUGUGCUAAUAGCCCUAGAGAUUACACAAAACUUCCAGCAAAACAUACAUCUCAUAUUAAAAGUGAUCAUCUUCAGGAAGAGGACUACAGUGGCUGGUAUCGUCGUAUAGAGAACAACGGCUGGAGGCCUGUUUCUGAUAAAUUUUGGAGGCCUACUGAAGAUGUAAUGGUGGGAGACAAAAAGGAAAGUGAAUUCCAUUUCUCUAAAUUGAAGAGAAGGCAAGAUAUGGAAAAAAAAAGAAAAAUUAGAAAAAUAGAAUGGAUGCGGCAAAUGUACCACGCAGGAAACCUGGAGGCUAAAUCCACAAAUUACGAAACUCUAGGUUUAAUUCACACAGCAACCAAAGGGCUAAUAAGAGCUAUCGAGGAUGGUGGAAUAGAUUCUGUGAUGGAGUGGGAAGUGGACGAAGUGUUGAACUGGACAAACACACUCAACUUUGACGAGUACAUUGCCAACUGGAAAGAAAUUGCUACAAGCAACUCUUCAGCUAACUUCAAAAGUUUCAGGUUUGAGCAAGCACAGGAAAAAAUAUAUGACUAUAAUGAUAUAUUGGAAGAGGAAAUGGGAACACAAGAAGACACUUCAUUUGAAAAUAUUUAUGAAGGACCAACUUUUACUAGACUAAUGCCUGAUUCCACUUAUGGAAUAUAAUUAUAAGGUAUAAUUAUAUAAAAUUAAUUAUAAACUAUAAUUUCUUUUCUGAGCUAUAACCCUUCAAGCCCUGAUUCCAUCAGUUAUAGUCAAGAGAUAGUUUAUUCUGACUGGAAUGACUUGUAUAGUCUUGGCACAGAAUCUAACCCAAUUAAGGAAGAUUAAACAGGAACAGGACAUCAGACUGAAUACAGUAGUCAUGGAAAAUGCAGAAAUUAUUCCUGGUAUUCUGAGAAACUGUAGUAUUCUA